GAGCAGAGGGGCGGGCCUUCACGUGGGACAGCCAGUCCUGCGUCGUUUUUGUGAAACGUCAUUUCAGAUUAGUCGCAUCCGGGUGAGCAUUUUGAGAUCAGUGGACGUGUUUACUUUGAAGCUGUUGGCUCUUGGUCUUCAGGAUGUACGGAUCCUUCCGGGUGCUGCUGCAGGUCCUGUGGGCCCUGCUGCUCUGGGGCUGGGUGCUGGGCUCCGAGCUCACCUUUGAGCUGCCGGACAACGCCAAACAGUGUUUCUACGAGGACAUCACCAUCGGUACCAAGUGUACACUGGAGUUCCAGGUGGUGACGGGCGGUCACUAUGAUGUGGACUGUCGUUUGGAGGACCCAGAUGGCAACACACUCUACAAGGAGAUGAAAAAGCAAUAUGACAGCUUUACCUUCACUGCUUCCAGGAAUGGCACCUACAAGUUCUGCUUCAGUAAUGAGUUCUCCACCUUCACGCACAAGACGGUGUAUUUUGACUUUCAGGUCGGGGAUGAUCCUCCACUGUUCCCCAAUGAGAACAGAGUCACUGCUCUCACCCAGAUGGAAUCAGCCUGUGUGUCUAUCCAUGAGGCCCUGAAGUCAGUCAUCGACUACCAGACACAUUUCCGCCUCCGUGAGGCUCAGGGUCGCAGUCGGGCAGAGGACCUCAACACUCGUGUUGCAUUCUGGUCCAUUGGAGAAGCCAUUAUUCUUUUGGUUGUCAGCAUCAGCCAGGUGGUCCUGCUGAGAAGCUUCUUCUCUGACAGGAAGACCACUACAACACGUGUCGGAUCAUAACAGUCUCUGAGCUCUGGGAUCUUUAUUCAUCACGUUCUUUCUUUACAUGAGCUUGUGUGUAUUGAGUUGCUUAGAAUAGCAGGGCUGAAUUGACAUUGGAUCAUAUCUAAUUGCCAGGGCUUAUAAUCUUAGGUCCUUUCGUGUUCAGUACUGCUCUUCUAAGAAAUUUAAUGCAACCAAGUCUUGCGCAAAAAGGCUGUGUGUUUAAAACGAUUGUGAGGUUAAAGGAAAACGGAAGAAAGGCUUGAUUGUGUUGCUUCUAAAUAUGUUUGUUGAGGCAGUUCAAGCAGCUGGUCAUAUAGUUUAAAAAAAAACAACUUACUUUGAAUAUUGGAAUUUUCUCAAUGUGUUCCUUCUUUAUUUGUGGCCUUUUUGCCCCCAUGAUCUCAUACCCUCUCUCCUUGAUCGGUUCCAUUUUCAGCCCAAACUUUGCACUGAAAUAACCAAGGUAGUGGAAGGUGUAACUGAAAGUAUUCAUAAUGUACAGUACCAUGCCAAAGUCUCAGGGCACCACCAGUCAUACAACACGUGUAUGUAAUGCUCAAUCAUGUGUUGAAUAAACCUGCCAUAUUAGACCCUUUUUCUCAGCAGAUAUUUAUCAACAUGGAAUAGUAGGACAAAUGCAGAUUUUUACCAUUUUACCACAUUAAUUAGGGUUCCACUCCAGAUUUAAGAGAGCCAGGGUCGUGCUAUUGUGUUCGAGUGUAAGGGUAGGCCACACCAAACACUUGACACAAUGACCUGUAGAAGUUGAUUUUGAAACCACAUACAUGUUUCCCAUGUUUACUGGACGUGUUCUAGUAAAGUGAUUGGGAAAUAAUUAUCAUACCAUAGACCAUACAGUAAUUGUACUGUAUGACUAUUGUGUUAUUGCUAAAACAAGAAAAAAAUGGUGGCCUAAGACUUAUGCACAGUAUUGUAGGUGUAAGAAUAUACAGUGGAUAUUUCUUUAUCUACAAACCGUUGGGUCACUAUCACUAAGAUUUGCGUCUAUUAUGACAAGAAAAUUCAUGUUCCAUGUUCUCAUUGUUAUUAAACCAUACCUUGUUUAGUGAGAAAGACUAGAUAUUGUGUUUGCUUUAACUAGUUUUGCCAUUUUAGAUUAGUUAUUUGAAGGGGGUAUGCUGUGCAGAGUAAGUUACUUCAAUAUUAACUUGAAGGAGGGAGCUAUUUUUUAUUUAAGCUAUUUUUAUUUGGAUUAAAGUACUCGCAUCUCCCAUUAAUUGACCCAAAAUACACCUAUUUGACCACACCAAGGUGAAUCAUCACCCCUAAAUUAUAUUUUUUUGACUUAGUUUUGGGGAAACCUUAUUAUAUCUGAAAAAUGGCACAUUUUGUGUUAAUAGGCAAUGCCUAUUACCAAGUGCACCAUGUUGUUACAUAAACGGUCAGUCAUAGUUCCCAGCAAUGUUAUAUCUAGUGCUGCCUUUGCUAUUUAAAGUGCAACAACUUAUUUAUAUUGUGGGCUGAUAUUGUCCUUGUGGUUUUAUACAGUACUGUUGUAAAAUGUAUGUUUUUCUUUUGCAAAAUGUUGCUUAAAUUUAAUUCUAGUAUUUGUAAGUUGUAAUUUCAGAUGAUUUCCCCUCACCAACUACUUGGUUCUUAUUCGAACAAAAGAGAACAACAUUUUGGACAGAGUUGAUUUAAUUUUACAGGCACUCAUUUUUUUCUUUCAUCAGUUGAUUCCAUAAAUGGUUUUCAACAUGCAAGUUUCUUGAAAUUUUCAUUAAACAUUUGAAUGUGCAGGAAGCUACACAUUAAUUAGUUGCACACUUAUUUCUGACUGGCUGAAACAUGUUUCAAGUGAAGCUUCACAUUAGCACAGUUAACACAACAAAUCACAUAUGUAUGUCAUUUAACAUGGAUUCGAUUGCUGGCAAAGUUUUAAAAAAAAAAACAUCCGUGGAAUUUUAAAUAUGCCUAAGGCUUUUACACAUGGACCACUGAAAUAUACCACAAACUCAUUCCAUUUCGACUUUAUAGUCUUGUUCAGUGUUGGUAUUUCCCUUAAGGUUUGUUCAGUUUUUGGAUGUAUUUUGGUUCAAAUUCAACUAUGAUGACUGUUAAAAUCUUAAAGGCUGUCCAUUUAGUCAAAAAUCAUCAAUAAUAACCUUGUUUUCAGUGAAGGGUGACAUUUCUGGAUGCGUCCUCUGGUGGUGCUUUUCCUGCUCUUAACCUGUAGGGAGUGAUAUAAUCAAGGCCGUCAGAGUCAACUGUGUAGAUACACAUUUCAGAAUAUAAUUCCCCCUACUAAAAACCUCUCAAUCAUAUGAAUCUUUUUUAGAUAUGACCUUUAUUCUGUUGUAGGUGAACUCUAAUUUCUUAAUUUUUUCAUUGAACAAAAUACAUUUAACAAGAUAAGAUGCCAGCAUAAAAUUACAGGAUUGGAAGAAUAAAGUUAUUUCAAAAAUAGAGAAAAUAAACACUGCAUUGAUAAAUAGAAACAUGCUCAUUCAUUGACAUGUUUACACGUUUUUUGGGGUUUUUUUUGUUGUAAAGGUUACUACAGAAUUGAUUUCAAGUAGAAAGGUGAUAACAUUUCUGCUUGUGAUCAGCAGUGGUUAUCAAACGGUUUAUACCAAGUACCACCUGAGAAAAUAUUGAGCAGCGCUAUUAUCGUUAAAACGUUAAAAUGCAGUGCUGUAAAUUGGCCGAGCAAAGUCAGCUACGGACUUCUCACAGGAGGCAGAUUUAUUCCCAAUAAGAUAAUUUUCUCCCUCCCUAUCCUCCUCUUCCUCACAUAUAUACAUUAGACACUGGUGUAGGGAAAUUAGAUUAAGAUGAAGGGAGAGACAGAGGUGACUAUUAUUAAUUUUUUGGUUAUUUGUUCCAUUUUCUACGCACUCCGGUCCGAAUUCCUCACCACUCCGAUCUCAUACCCUGAUACAGUACAACAGGAUUUCUGAUUUUCCUCCAUGUACCACCAGAGGAAGCUCAUGUACUACUGGUGGUACACAUACCACAGUUUGAGAACCAUGAGUGUAGAAGAUAAUAGACACUGUCUUUUGGAUUAAUAUUAUAACAUCUGAGGAUAUUUUCUAAUAAUCAUCAUUUCCAGCAGGCUGUACACUGAGAAGGCUUCCUUCCACAGUUUGAAUUUCUUCAUCACAAUUAAUCUCAUCCUCUCAUCUCCUCAAUCUCAUCUUCUUCUCAUCCUCCUCCUUCAUCAUCAUCAUGCAGUCCAAAACUGCAAAGUGUUUCAAAGUUCUCCCCAGAGAGUUGUUAUUCUUUUUCUUUUUCUAAUGAUAUCCAGCAGGUUGUACAUUGAGAGGUGCCCUUCUAAUAAUAAAGUCUUCAGCAAAGCA